AUGACAGAAGAAAAAUUUGUGUUGGAUACACUAGCUGGAUGCAUAGAAUAUAAAUCCUUAUUGGAUGUAGUAGUUAAUGCCUUUUAUUUUCGGGAUGGGAGAUGCUGCCUGAUUUCUGAGCGUAAUCUCUAUAUGGUUAUUUGUUACCUGGCUACUUUUCAACUGGAAGAGCUCGGUUUUCAGCACUUCAGCAGAAUUGUGAAAUCUCUGGACACUGCAAAAAUGCAAAAGUUUCUUAGAUUUUUCUUCAAUGCCUUGUAUUUGAACACAUGGAUAAAAGACGAAUGGAGUCAGUUCUAUGAUUCACUGUAUGUAAAAGAGAACUGGAUUGAUCCACUGCUAAGAUGGCAGCCAAAAGUACAGAGACUGAUUGAACAGCUCACGGAUAAAUUAAAUAAUCGUACUACCAUUGUCAAGACUUCAACGGUCACUCAGCCAAAGGAAUUUCAUCUGACUGAACCCAAACCACGCGCCAUUCCUACACCUCUGCCAAUACCAGUACCGAAGAAAAGGCUGCCUGUUCCUCCAAGCACCUACAAACCUCCAAAAGAAAAAAAGCAACUAGAGGAAAUCCAAACAAAAAAUCGCCGGAAAGCAGAAGAACUGCUCCUGAAAGCAAAUGCUAACCAGUUCAAGUGUGCAAUGAUGAAGUCUGAAAAGGGUGAGAUUGACAAUAUACCUAUUAAAUUAAAUGCUGCAGCUCUUUUAAGAGAGGGUGCCCUCUAUAAGCGGAAAAUGGAACAGGAGCUCGAGAGAAUUGAAAAUUCGCUACAAGGGGCUGGAGACCCAUCCGAAUUAUUGCAACAGCAAAAAGAGAUGCGUGGAAAAGAUGUGGCUGAAAUAGAGCGUAGGAGGCUUCAACAGAAACUGAGUCGUGAAAAGGCAGUUCUAGCCCAUCAGAAUGUAAUCCAAGAAAAUAAGAAGAAAGCUGAUCUAAUGAGAGAAGAAAAAGAAGAGCUGAUGCACCAGUAUGCAGAGAAACGGCUACAGGAACAGAAAGAAAUGAGAGAGCUGGUGGGGCAGAUUGUGGAAGGACACAAGAAUGCAAAGCAAGCAAAAAUAAAGCUCCAGAAAUACAAACAGCAGAUAGUUCAGGAAGUUUCUGAAGAAAAUCGAGAACUUCUUCGGCAAGCUUUAGAAGAAGAGGAGGAGAAGCUUAGGAAAAGAUAUGAACUAGUUGAACAAAUACGAGCUGUCGAGUCUUUACCAAUCAUCAGACACAAGUUUGUUGAUUUAACAGAGACUGGUGGCCACGGUUUACUGUGUGAAAUGUCAAUAGUGGAACUACGCGAACGCCUUGCUCUACUUAGAGAAGCACAGAAGGCAGCAGAGGAAGAGAAGAGAGACCACAUAAUUCAUGAAAAACAAGCCAGGGAACAACUUCUUCUAGACACAGUGAACCAGAUUGCCCUGUUCAGAGCAGAACUUGGAAGAGCAGCUGCUUUAAAGCGAGAAGAAAAGAAAAGAAGUGUCCAGUCUAGUGAAAAGCCUGUGAAAGAUGAAGGCAUUUUAGACCUUCAGAAAAGAAUUGCAGAAAAAGCAAUGGAGCGUAAAAAGCAAGCAAGCCUCUUAAAGAUUACCCCCCAGAAAGCCAGGACCGCAUCAAGGAAG